AGCUACCUGACACAAACCAAACAUCCGGGAGAAAUUUAGACAUCCCAUAAACCUGGGGAUGCUGGGGGCAAAUUUAAAUCUAACAAAAGACGAGGAAGAGUAAAGAAGAAACAAAGUGCAGAGCAAGACUGCUGGAUGAUGCAAAGGACAACACCACGUCUUUGAUCUCCCUGCUAUAAGGCUGGAUCUGAAAAUUGCAAUUCAGAUCCUGUCUCAAUUGUUUGAAAUUUAUUCAACCCAAUCUUUUCCUCUACAUAAUAUAAAAAGAGAAUCGAAAAAGUAAAUGGCAGCCGUUGAAGUUCAUCAGUUUGCUCAGUGCAUCACUUGCCAUGCUUGGAGCGCGGAUCGAUCUAUGAUUGCAUUGUGUCCAAACAACAAUGAAGUUCACAUAUAUAGAUUGUCCCAAGACAAGUGGGAGAAGGUCCAUGUUCUGCAAAAGCAUGACCAGAUUGUUUGUGGGAUAGAUUGGAGUGCGAGAUCAAACAGAAUUGUUACUGCAUCUCAUGAUCGAAAUUCAUAUGUCUGGAACCAAGAAGGAUCAGAAUGGGUACCGACCCUUGUUAUACUCAGGCUAAACCGUGCUGCACUUUGUGUGCAGUGGAGCCCAAAAGAGAACAAGUUCGCUGUUGGAAGUGGGGCUAAAACUGUUUGUAUAUGCUACUAUGAGCAAGACAACAACUGGUGGGUCAGUAAACUUAUCAGGAAAAGACAUGAUUCCUCGGUGACAAGUGUUGCAUGGCAUCCUAAUAAUAUUCUUCUUGCGACGACAUCUACAGAUGGAAAAUGUCGAGUGUUUUCCACUUUUAUUAAAGGUGUUGAUACAAGGGAUUCCAAAGCAGGCUCUGUCUCAGAUUCAAAAUUUGGAGAGCAAAUUGUUCAGCUUGAUCUCUCGUUUUCCUGGGCAUUUGGUGUGAAGUGGUCGCCUAGUGGCAAUACCUUGGCUUACGUAGGACAUAAUUCCAUGAUUUAUUUUGUUGAUGAUGUUGGUCCAUCUCCAUUGGCCCAGAAUGUUGCAUUUCGCGAUUUACCUCUCCGUGAUGUCUUAUUUGUUUCUGAGAAAAUGGUCAUAGGAGUGGGAUUCGACUGCAACCCUAUGGUUUUUGCAGCAGAUGAAAGAGGAAUAUGGAGCUUUAUCAGGUUCCUUGGUGAAAGAAAAUCAACACUUUCAGGUUCAAGAUACAGUUCACAGUUUUCUGAAGCAUUUGGAAAAUUUUAUGGCCAAUCAAAGUCUGGAGCGAGCAAUGAUGGCAUUGAACCUUCAAGGUCACGUGGAGGCAUUCACGAGAAUUGCAUUAGUUGUAUUAUGUCUCUUACAGAAUCAGGGAGUUCUAGAAAAACACGCUUCAGCACUUCAGGAUUGGAUGGUAAAGUAGUUGUUUGGGAUUUGGAGAACCAGGAAGAUCUAUCUGGGUAUCUGUAAGCAGUUUCUGAUAUGGAACGGGACGAUGCUCAAUCUGGUACAAAGUAGUUGGGUGGGUAGUUCUCUCAUAGAAAGUCUUGAACAAUGGUUUUUGUCUAGAACACUUGCAUAUGUAUUUGUAAGAAAACUUUUGCCAGUUGUAUUUCAUCACCGGUUGAAAUAAUAAUCUCUUUAUUAAAAAAAAUAAAUCCCACUCCCAGCUA